AUGUAUUUCUCCAAGAUCACUAUGUCCAUCGGCCUCCUGGUCGCCGCCACCAGUGCAGCUCCCAGCUCAUUCCCGCAACUCUCAUCUGUCGCUGCUCGAGAGAUCGUUGACUACGGCGUCUCUCCUCUGAGUGCUACUGAUCUCGAGAAGCGCGAGAUCAUUGAUCUGGGUGUCACCACCGAUGGCUCCGAUGAUCUCGAGAAGCGUGGCAAAAGCAACUAUGUCUCUAGCUGCGGUAGCAACUGGAUGCCUAUCGCGGAUAACAAGAGCAAGAGUCAGUCUGGCUAUCAGUCUGCGGUCGAGCAGUAUUGCUACCACGUCACACACAGCCAGGAUGGUUUGUCCACAGUCAUUGGUGCUGGGCAAAAGCACGCUGCCGUCGUCAAGGGUGGAUAUUACUUGAAAAACGAUGUUGCUGCGGCUGUUGACUUUGAAAUCCACAACAAGAUGAAGGACGGUGACCACGUUCCUAACCAGUCGGACUGUGAGAUCUAUCUGAUGAAGAUGGCUGAUUCCGACUCCAAAUGCUAUGGUAGCAAGAACAAGGACACCAAGGGUGGCACUUGGCAGAUUGGAAGCGAUGAUGUUAGCUACCAUGCUCUUCCCAAGGCCAACUCUACCUAA